CCCCAGCCCCGACCCGGAUUGGUGGCCGCGCGCAAAAGAUAGUGCGGGUUUGCCCGAUUUCCGUCCCGUUUCCGUUUUCCUCCUCCGGAGAGCCAGAAAAGAAAAUAUAAAAGAAAAGAAAAGAAAAGAAAAGAAAAGAAAAGAAAAGAAAAGAAAAGAAAAGAAAAAAAAAUUCCUCGGGGGUUGCGCUUCUUGCAAAGCCGCCGGCGGAGUCGCCUGCCUUCCUCUUGGCAAGCAAAGCGCUCCGAACUCCGAAGCAAUGGAGCGCUGCGAAGGAGAAGAGCCCGAUCCGGCCGAGGUGCCGCCGGGGACUCGCCUGUUGCUGGCCUUCAAAGGCUUCCUGAGCUCCCGCAAAGGGCUGCUGCUCCUGGCCCAGGCGGCCCUCUCCUUUAUCAUCUUCAUCUGCUACAUCGCUUCGACAGCUGCACCCUUCAUGAUGGUGCCAUUACUGACAUUUCUAGUCGCUUUGGGCUUUUUCCUUUCCUAUUCCCUGAAGCUGAAUGAGAAGUUCCGAGGCAUCUAUUGGCUUUUGGGGGAUUUUUUGUGUGGAAUUAUUGCUGCUAUUAUAUAUUUUGCCAUCUCCAUUGCUGCCGUUUCAAAAUAUACGGACACCGCCUCGAAGGCAGCGGGGGUAUUUGGGUUUAUCACCACCAUCGUCUAUUGUGUCUAUGUCUAUUUCACCUUUAACGACCUGGCAACAUUUCUAAAACAGGAAGAUUCCUCCGACGCCCCCAGAUCACAGAAGUCAGAAAAUGACUCAGAUUCAGAUUCCGACUGAAAUAACAGAAUCUUUGAUGAAUGGCAGAACCUUGAUGGAAAAUGAGGAAGCCGUAAAGAGGAAAAGAAAAAGGCAAAGAGAAAAAGCAGAAGCAAAAUGAAUCUUUUGAGUAUUUUAACCUUUUUUUCAGUGAACUUGAAUAUUUUAACCUUUUUCAGUGAACGUUACAGAUUGUUGUUACUACAACUGGGAUCACCAAAAUCGUGCUGGGAAUAUUAUUGUGUAUAAUUUACACACGAGAACUUGACCUGCUGCUGUCUGAAGCUCAUUUAGCACUGCAGUAGAUUUUUCUAGCCAAACCUUUUAUGAACUUACGUUACCCAGGGUGUAUAAAGAAAUCAUUAACAUCUUGCAACACGGAGUUUCUUCAGCAGUAUUCAUAAUACCCAGAUCAAGCUUAUAAUCUUUUAAUAUCUCUUUCUUUUUUUUCUACUUAUACCAAGGUUUUUGUUCUUGAGUUCAGAAGACAAUAGCUUACUUGUUAGAAGGGGGGCUUGAUUUUAAAACUUAGACUGAAUUGAAACUCGGGACAAAAUUCAGCAAUAAUGAAAAUAAAUUUAAGUCCCUAAUGAAUAAAGCCAAAGUAAGAUGAUUCCUUAAAAUCAUCUCUCGUAUUCAGUAACUAUAGGCCUAGACAUACCCAAGCCCCACGUUAAUAGAUCCUUCCUCAAGAAAGAAAUGUGAUGAACGUGACUUCCUCUCACAACUUUUGUGAUUGUCUGCCUGGCUUCAUGAAAUCAGAGGCACAGAAACACAGCGUGGGUAGUGAUCGCACAGUGCCUAGGCCUUUGAUAGCCACACCAGCCAAGCAAAUCUUUAUUACAGUCAUCUACCAGCAUAAGAAGGGUGAAAUAUAAAAAAUAAUUUGAGAGAGGUUACACACAUUAAAAAAUUAACUGAAAUAUUUUAUAUAUAGGUUUUUAAAACUGUUUUAACUUUAUAAAUUAUUGAUUGUAUUCUGGCCUAUGACCAGGGGUGAAAUCCAGCAGUUUCUGACAGGUUCUGGAGAACUGGUAGCAGAAAUUUUGAGUUGUUCAGAGAACCGGCAAAUACCACCUCUGGCUGGCCCCAGGGUGGGGUGGAAAUGGAGAUUUUGCAAUAUCCUUCCCCCAGGAGUGGGGUGGGAAUGGAGAUUUUGCAGUAUCCUUCCCCUGCCAUGCCCACCAAGCCACACCACACCCAUCAAGCCACACCCACAGAACCGGUAGUAAAAAAAAUUGGAUUUCACCACUGCCUAUGACCAUAAUAAAGAUUUGCUUUGAUUGACAGCUCCACCAGUAAUUAUGAGGAGUGGUGAGCUAUAGAAAACUACACAAGAUACAGUGCAUUGUUUCUCAGCGGUGUACAUGCUCUCUUGAUCCAAAACUAGAAUUACCAAAAAUAAUCUCAGGAUAAUGUGAACCAGGCAUGCAAUUCCUCCUGCUUCCGAUUUUUGUUUUUCCGCUCGCAUAUACCAGUCCUUGCUUAAGGACCGCCCUGUUUAUCAAUGGUUCUAAGUUACAACAGUGCUGAAAAAAUACCUUUACAGCUGGUCCACCCACGUGGUGACCGUUGCAGCAUCCCUGCAAUUUUUGUGAUUGCCAUUUCCGUGCUUUGCAUUAUGACCAUCGCAGUGUCCUGCAGCCAACAUAAACAUUUUAUGCCCUUCACAACCGGCUGCUGACAAGCAGAGUCCAGGGAGAAGCUGCCGGUCAAAACCCAAGUCAUGGUCACUUUGAAGUCUCGCUUAAUGACCUGGGGUGUCUCAAUAACCACAGCUGAAGUGAGGGCACGUAAGGCAAGGCUGUUUUAGUCACGUGAUGUUGGGACUCCAGCCCCCAAACCUGGCCCCAUGCCCGAAAGUGACUCAGAAAGUGAGGGGGAAGGGCCAGUAAGGCUUACCUCGGGAGCACCGAUUCCUUUGGCUCAGCUCCAGGAGUCAGAACCAGACCAGUCGGAGGACGUAAUGAGGCCGUCAUCCCCUGAUUCCUCCCUUCCCCAGGCUACCAGCUGAUAAUAAUAAUCAAGCUUGGCUUGACCCACGCUUCAGAAGAUUAGAAAGGCGGCGUCAUCAAAAGGAAGCUCCUGCCCCACCCCACGGGAUAUAUAAGGAGCUUUGGGACUGCUCUCACUCCACGGGAAGCAAAGUUUAGCUGAUCCGUUUCAAAAAGAGCUUUAAGUCUUGCUACGUGAGUCAUUUGUUUGAACUUUGGCAGGCAGCUGCGAUUUCUCUGCCAGGACUGAUAAGAGCCGUGAAUCCACUGGCUGAAGGCCAGCUCGUGGGUCUGAAGUGGGGAAGGAGACAGAACACGUGACGUCUCCCUUAACAAUGGCACUUCUUAGCAAGAGUUGCCAGUCCAAAUAGUGAUAACUAAACAAGGACUACCUAUAAUGAAGGAAACUAUGAUGCAAUGUAUCGUUACCCAAUAUUUAAUAUGCUUAGUACCGAUUUGUAUUAGUUUUGUAGGGCAGGGUCAGUUAUCAAGACAAAGCAAACACAUCUUUUCUUUUGAUAAACCUCACAGGCAGGUUCCUGGCAAUAAGAGAAGGAAGGACCCAGCAGGCUGGCUUCUGAACUGGGUUAUCACAACAGUUUAGCUACGUUCCAGUUCGCGUUUCUCAGGAAUUCCCCUGAGGACCAUUUUACCGUCUUUGCUUCUUUUUAUAUAGUCAUUUACAUGUGGUUUAAUCUGAUUUUUUUUUUCAAUCGAAGGAAACCUAGCGCGCAUGUCAAAGGGAAGAAGGAACUAUAGAUGGAGUAAAUCUAUAUCAAUAUUUCCUUUUAAGGUGUUCACUAGCUUUCGUAUUACUGUAUUUUUUGGAGUAUAAGACGCUCCAGACUAUAAAACGCACCUACCUUUUUUGCUGAGGAAAACAAGAAAAAGAAACCUACCUCCCAGCAAUUUUGCCUCCUUGCAGCAAACAGCAAACAGCCUGCUUUACCUUCAUUUUCGUUUUCAGCAUAGCUUGAUUAGCACAAGGGGAAAAAAAAAUCUGCUCCCAGCAAUUUACCUCCUUGCAGCAAGCAGCAGAGGCCCAUGCAAAACAGCUGAGAGACGGGAGGCCGAUCCAAGGAACAAUCAACUUGUGCUAAUCAGGCUGUGCUGAAGCUGAAAUGGGCUGUUUUUUCUUGCUGCCUGAUGGAAGGAGGUAAAUUGCUGGGAGGCAGAAGCCAAAGGUGGGGGCCAGUGGGUGGGCAGGGCUACAUUCGGUGUAUAAGACGCACCCAAAUUUUCACUCCCUUUUAGGGAGGGAAAGGUACAUCUUAUACUCCGAAAAAUACGAUAUUUAAAUAUCUGCACUAUCUGGAAAGAUCUGGGUAUUUCAGAUGUGAGAACAAUCAGAAUGCCCUAUUCUUGGCUACCUUAAUAACUUUUCUGUUCAGGGAAACCAUUCAGUUUUGUUUUGUUUUUUGUUUGAAAUAAUCUUUGCAUUACAGAUUUCAGACAAAUUUUGGUUUGUAAUUCAGAUGCCUUAGUAACAACAGGAUUCAAAACCUGAAUAAUAUGCAAAAAAGCAGAGCAAAAAUAUUUUUGACCAGCUCAUCAAAAACAAUAUCCAAGAACGAAUGUUUAAUUGUAAAAUUUGAAUGUUCCAGAAAUAGAUAAAGGAUAUGCAGUGUUUCACUGGCAGGCAGGUGGUGUUAAUGUAAAGGUUCCCCUCGCACAUACGUGCUAGUCGUUCCUGACUCUAGGGGGCAGUGCUCAUCUCCGUUUCAAAGCCGAAGAGCCAGCGCUGUCCGAAGACGUCUCCGUGGUCAUGUGGCCGGCAUGACUCAAUGCCAAAGGCGCACGGAACGCUGUUACCUUCCCACCAAGGUGGUCCCUAUUUUUUCUACUUGCAUUUUUAUGUGCUUUCGAAACUGCUAGGUUGGCAGAAGCUGGGACAAGUAACGGGAGCUCACCCCGUUACACGGCAGCACUAGGGAUUCGAACUGCUGAGCUGCCGACCUUUCGAUCGACAAGCUCAACGUCCUAGCCUCUGAGCCACCAUGUCCCUUUAAUGUACCUAUGUUAAUGUACCUGUGGAAAUCAACAGAAUCAUAGCAAUUAAGGCUAUUAAGUCAUAAUUUACUUGUCUGUUUCUUAAACAACAUCUCUGGAAUAUAAUUUUGCCUGUACAAAUUCAAUUCUGGAAUUUGUACACUGGUACGCUUGAUUUAAGAUUAGGCAAUCUCAGGUUAUGUCUAAAAUAACAAAUUUGAAACAGCCUUAAAAGCAUUGGUAUCUAGAAGUCACUUCAGUAACAGUAUACAAAAUGAGAAGCUCAGUUCCAUUAUAUUAAAACUUGCAUGAUUUAGAAAGACAUGCUGCUGUUUAUAACUGGACUGAGAAAUGGGGUUACGAUUUGAUUAUGUGAAUCUUAUGUUAUCCGAAUUUUGUAAUCUUUUGAUAUUAUGUUAGCCUGUUUUUACUGGAAAUGUAUUUUAUAAAAAGAAAAGUACUUUUGCCUCGAGUAAUUACUUACGCAUGCAACUGAAUCCUCAAGGUAACCACAUCAAAGGUAGUUUGAUGGGUGUCCGUAAUUGGCAAUGUAAUGUCUUAGCUUUUUUUAUUUUUAAAAAGUUCAUAUUAGGCACUUUUUAAAUACAGAGAAAUUGCUAACACUAAAAAGGGUUGCAGUAAACAAUUAUUUAUACAUUAGGGCUGAGAAAUUCAUUCAGCGGAUAUGCCUCUCAACCUUUGGCUUGGAACAUCGAAGUCUCCAUUGACCAAGGCAAAUGAUACAGGUAAUCUGACCAAGACUUACGAUGCAAUCCAGGGGUGAAAUCCAGCAGUUUCUGACAGGUUCUGGAGAACCGGUAGUGGAAAUUUUGAAUAGUUUGGAGAACUGGCAAAUACCACCUCUGGCUGGCCCCAGAGUGGGGUGGGAAUGGCGAUUUUGCAAUAUCCUUCCCCCAGGAGUGGGGAGGAAAUGGGGAUUUUGUAGUAUCCUUCCCCUGCCAUGCCCACUAAGCCACACCACGCCAAAAUUUUUUACUACCAGUUCUGUGGGCGUGGCUUGGUGGGCAUGGCAGGAGGAGGAUCCUG